AUGGAAAAUGUGUGGGGUCGUUUCGUAAAGAUUAAUAAAAGAUGGGGCUCUUAUUGUAAUAAUGGUGAGGGGGUUGUUUUCGUAAAAUGGAUAGAAGGGCCCAGUGGGGGAAGGGAAGUCAAAGGAAACAUGAAGGGAGGAGACAAGAUGGAAGCAGAGAUUCUGGAACCUUACCAAUUGUCUUUCUCAGAUCUUCUUGACCGAAAACGAUGUCAAAUGAUCUCGAGAAAUGUGAUGGAAGCUCUUGGCCCAAACGGCCCAGGCCUGCUUUGCAUCACCGGCGUUCUUGGCUCCGCCCUCCUCCGCCGUAAGCUCCUCCCAAUGGCUCGCAAACUGGCUCUGCUUGAUCCCGAUAAGAGGAAUCGCAUUCUAAAGGAGCACCAUUUGGGGAGCGACGUGCCUCUCAAGAAUCCAGAACGACUUGUCUCUUCUUUUGCUAUGCAGCUCAAUUAUGAGCGUACUUCUAACUGGUAUGAGCCUGGUUGUGGCGUUGGAGCUAAACUAGACUCUCUGGAGGAGGAUGAUGGUGACUUCAAUAAUCUUGGUGGUGUGUUUAGGGAACUAGGGUUUUGCAUGAUGGAGUUGGGUUUGUCCAUAGCCCGAGUAUGCGACAGAGAGAUUGGUGGAGGGUUGUUAGAGGGGAGCUUACUUGAUUCCUCCACUGCUAAAGGACGCCUUAUACAUUACCACUCCUCUGCUGAUCAGUGUCUUCUCAGACAAGAAGCCGCCGAGAGGAGGAAGCAAUCUGGCAAACAAGUGAAUUACAGAAAUGGUUUGAGUGGGAGGAGUCAGUUUAGUCUCUGGCAACAGUGGCAUUACGAUUAUGGCAUCUUUACCAUUCUAACUGAUCCUCUCUUUCUAUCAUCCUAUUCCUGCCAGGAAUGCAAUUUGAUUAGCACACACUCUUAUCUGCAGGUCUAUCAUCCCAGCGAGAACAAGUUCUACAUGGUCAAGACUCCUCAGGACAGUUUUAUUGUUCAAAUUGGUGAAUCUGCUGACAUUUUGUCCCAAGGGAAACUAAGGUCGACCCUUCACUGCGUGUGCAGACCAGAGCAUCUUGAGCACAUAAGCCGCGAGACUUUUGUGGUCUUUUUACAGCCAAAGUGGAGCCAGACUUUUUCAGUGUCGGAAUAUACAAUGGAACAUCUAAGGGACUCAGAUUGUCUACAUGAUACGGAUGAUGAGGUUUCUAAAGCAGACAUUCAUAAAAUUGUUCCACCUCUAUCGUCUCGGAUAAGGGAUGGGAUGACAUUUGCCGAGUUUGCUCGCGAAACAACCAAGCAGUACUAUGGAGGCAGCGGCUUACAAUCUAAUAGAUAA